AUGGCGACACGCGCAGACGAGGUCCUCGAGACCCUCCGACGGCUGCAGUCGAAACACGAGCUCUCCAUUGUCCGCCUCAGCGAGCCCAUCGCCAGCUCCGCGGCGCACCCGGAGCACGACACGCGACAGCGCGGGUCCGACGCGUCGAGCGCGCCGCUCGAGGGCCCGACGCCGGCCGGGCUCGAGGCGGACCUGGCGCACUACACGGAGCUGUUCGCCAAGCUGCGCUUCUCGUACGUGGAGCAGGUGACCAAGGAAAAGUUCAUACGGGCCAUCGUGGGCGACCCGCCGCUCAUCGUGACGAUGCAGGAGAACCUGGACCUGGAGCGGGCCAACGGCGAGGCCAAGGCGCAGCUCAAGUCGCUCAAGCUCGAGGUGGCCGACAUGGUGGAGGAGCUGGAGCGCCGGGGCCGGGAGCUGAGCGCGCGGUACGAGCGCGUGCGCGUCGAGACGGCGCGGCUGGACGAGCUGCCGGGGCGGAUCCGCGAGCUGGAGACGCAGGUCGAGGAGCUGCGGGCGGCGCACGACGUGCCCGGGGCCGCGCCGGGGCUGAACCUGCCGCUGGCCAAGACGCUGGGGCUCGUGGCGAAGCGCAAGGCCGAGCAGCAGGAGCUGGCGCGGGAGCUGGAGGCGCUGCAGGCCAAGGCACCGCGCAAGAGGAAAGAGGCCGAGAGGCUGCGGGCGGAGCUGCAGCCGCUGGAGGCGAGGCUACACAACAGCGCGGCGGCCGCCCGCGAGGCGCAGAGGCGAAAGGAUGCGGCGCUGGGGGGUGCGGCCGACGACCUCGAGCAGCGUGCGCGGUGGUGGCGGGCGAGCGAGGGCGUGCUGCGACAGGCGCUGGACGUGAAGGAGUGA